AUGAAAGUGAGAAAAGGCUCUGGGGCUGUCAACAGUGACGAUGCAUCAGAUCCGAAGCAGGAUCCCCUGGAGAGGAGACGGCUUCAAAAUCGGCUGUCUCAAAGAAAUCACCGCCGCAAGAUUCGAGACCGAAUUGCGAAGCUGCAAGAACGUGUUAUCGCCAACGAGCUCCGGGCGACCGCGGCUCUCAACGGUUGGGACCAGCCCUAUUCACCUUCGCCACUAAUAACAACCCGGCAUCUGACCCAGCCGGGAGCUAGCUCUGGAAUGGGCACUUCGUACAAUUCCCAGCUAGUGGCAGAUUCCUCUUCGCCUUUUAUGCCAUCAUAUGGGUUGUCAAUGAUACCAACUUGGCCCGGUACUGGCACGACUGCGCAGCCGUCCACGCUUCUGCCCGGUGAAUCUACCUGCCUCUUCACUAGGGAAGGCUUGGCAGUUGAUGCAGCAUAUUCCUCUUCUGCCGUAACUGGCUUGAUGAAUAAUGGUACUAUACAACCAUUGCUGGGUGAUGGCGAAGAGCACGCAAAUUUCAACAUGUCAAUCGCAGGAGGUUUCCAUACUCCAGGACCACUCACCACUCACACCAACCAGCCACUAUACUAUGUUGCAACCGAAAACGCGUUACCUCAAAUCCUACAAGUCCUGAGCACCAUGUCUCCCCAGUCUAAAAUUAUUGUGCUCGUUUCGCCAGACUCAGUAUCUGCUGCUCUGGGAGACACAGUCACCACUACGACUGUGGAGAAUAAUGGCUCAGGGUUUAUUUUGCCACAGAUAGGCAACGCACAAAUUCCGACAUGCCAGUGUCAGUCUCCAAACACAUCACCUACAUUGGCAACAUCGUUCGUCCCCAGGCCAUGGACAAACCCGGCCUCCUACCAGUCCGCAUGUCCGUUGAAUAAGAUGAAUCAUACCCUUGGUGAAACCUUGUCAGCCACACGGCUUUGA